CGUUGUCGCCCGUUGUCGCCGUUGUUGUCGUGUUCGUGGCGUUUUGAAGUUUGGGUGGUUCCGCUCGGGAGUGAUCAGGGUUAGGGCGUGCGUUUGUGACUCUGGGCAGCCUCCGAGAAAUGGGAUUCGUGUACUUGAAGUUGGUGAGGAUGCAUGGACGGGAGCCCGCGCGGGAUGACAUGUUUGUCUUCGUAUUUGCUCGAGCAAAGCGGAUGGUCAUCUGGGUUUGGGCUGAAACUGAGAAACGUGGAUGAUGGGUGGGAUCGGAUUGCUUGAAUUCGGGGCUUCCGGGGGCCAACCUUUUCGUGUUCCCUUGCUCACCCAAGUACUUACGACGGCCGAAUUUCAAGAAAGUUAUGCGUAAUCCAGAUAGAAUUGAAUCUGACAUGGCAGGAUUUAGUCUUUUAUUGGCCGAGAAAAAUCCAGAUGCAGCAAUAGGUCUGUUUCGGAAGGCAAUAAAUGCAGGGGAUAGAGUAGAUAGUGCACUCAAAGAUAUGGCCGUCAUCAUGAAACAGCAAGACAGAGCAGAAGAAGCGAUCGAAGCAAUUAGAUCUUUUAGGCAUCUUUGCUCCAGACAAGCUCAGGAAUCUCUGGACAAUGUACUCAUUGACUUGUACAAGAAAUGCGGUAGACUGGACAAACAGAUUGAACUAUUGAAGCAAAAACUGUGGAUGAUAUGCCAUGGAGAGGUUUUCAACAGAAAGCCCACAAAGACUGCACGUUCACAUGGAAAGAAGUUUCAGGUCACUGUCAAGCAAGAGACUUCCAGAAUACUGGGCAACCUAGGAUGGGCAUACAUGCAACAGGGCAACUUUAUGGCAGCUGAAGUGGUUUACUGUAAAGCUCAGAUGAUUGAUCCUGAUGCAAACAAGGCAUGCAACUUGUCUUUAUGCCUGAUCAAGCUAGAAAGGACCAUGGAGGCCCGACCCAUUCUUUUGGAUGUAUUGCAAGGUGAAUUUCCAGGAUCUGAUGACCCAAAGGCAAGAAGCCGGGCUGAGGAGCUAUUGCAAGGAUUAGAGCCAUCAGAAGCUUCCUCAUUACAGUCGUCCGGGUUGGCACAGAAGGUAGAAGAUGCUUUCAUCGAAGAACUUGAUCACUUGAUGAACCAAUGGGUGCCGCUGAGAUCGAAGAGACUUCCCAUUUUUGAAGAGAUUUCUCCAUUUAGAGAUCAGUUGGCUUGUUAAAGUUUUAGAUCUUGUAAAAUAUCUUCAUGCAUGCGUAUACUAUGGUGGAAAGAAACAGUGAAUUAAGAAAGUUUUUGAGGGUAGAUCUGCUUUCUCUCUUCUUGC